CCCAUCUUCUGACGUAACAGCCCACCACAGCGCAAUCCACCGACACAUUUCUGGUUUCCCUUAAUAAAUUGGCUCUUAAAAUGCUGAGAUUAAAUUCAAUAUUAAGAAAUUCCAUAGCCAAGUCCUCGGUACGGUUCCUACAUGUGGGUGAGGCGAAUAUUCUUGUCAGCGAGGUGGAUAAACAGUCCCCAGAAUACAAGGAAAAUGCUACGGAAAUGGGGAAACUGGUUGGCCAACUGAAACAGAUCACUAGUCAAGUGCUAACAGGUGGUGGACCCAAGGCAAAUGAAAGACACACUUCCCGGGGGAAACUGUUGGCCAGAGAACGCAUAAAUUUACUAUUGGACAAAGGUUCCCCUUUCUUGGAGCUUGGUACACUAGCUGGCUAUGAUCUCUAUGGCGAGGAAGUGAUCAAUUCAGGAGGUAUUGUCACCGGUGUGGGACGUGUGAGUGGCACUGAAUGCAUGGUGGUAGCCAAUGAUGCCACUGUGAAGGGUGGCAGCUAUUAUCCGAUUACGGUGAAGAAGCAUUUGCGGGCCCAGGAGAUCGCUCAGGAAAACUCAUUACCUUGCAUUUACCUUGUAGACUCUGGCGGAGCCAAUUUGCCACGACAGGCUGAGGUUUUUCCAGAUAAAUUACAUUUUGGACGCAUUUUCUACAAUCAGGCUAAUAUGUCCGCUCGAGGAAUCCCACAAAUUGCCGUCGUUAUGGGCAGCUGCACGGCCGGAGGUGCCUAUGUUCCAGCCAUGGCCGACGAGAGCAUCAUUGUAAAGAAGCAGGGUACAAUUUUCCUUGCUGGUCCACCAUUGGUGAAGGCCGCCACGGGUGAGGAAGUAUCUGCUGAGGAUUUAGGCGGUGCCGAUCUGCACUGCAAGACUUCCGGUGUUACCGAUCAUUAUGCUGUGGAUGAUGAGCAUGCCUUGUAUUUGGCUCGCCAGGUUGUCAGCAAUCUCAACUUGCCGGCUACCAAUGCAUAUAAUGACCAGCUUAUUCACUCCAGUCAACGAAACUUCAAGCAGGCAACGCCUCCAGUGGAGGUGGAGGAGCCUCUAUAUGAUCCACGUGAAUUGUACGGCAUUGUAGGGCCCAACCUAACCAAAAGUUUCGAUGUCCGUGAGGUAAUUGCACGAAUUGUCGAUGGCAGCCGCUUCACUGAGUUCAAGAAGCUCUUUGGCGAGACUUUAGUCUGUGGUUUCGCCCAGCUCUAUGGCCAGCGAGUGGGCAUUGUCGGCAACAAUGGUGUGCUCUUUUCGGAAAGUGCAUUAAAGGGUGCCCAUUUCAUACAAUUGUGUGCCCAGCGAAAGAUUCCAUUAAUCUUUCUUCAAAAUAUUACAGGUUUUAUGGUCGGACGAGACGCAGAGGCUAAUGGAAUAGCGAAAAAUGGAGCUAAAAUGGUCACCGCUGUGGCCUGUGCCAAUGUUCCCAAGUUUACUGUGAUCAUAGGUGGAUCCUAUGGAGCUGGCAAUUACGGCAUGUGUGGCCGGGCUUACUCCCCGCGGUUUUUGUAUAUGUGGCCCAAUUCCCGCAUCUCGGUCAUGGGCGGAACACAGGCAGCUAAUGUCUUGGCCCAAAUCACCGAAGAUCAGCGAAAGAGGGCGGGCAAGGAAUUUACCGAAGCUGAAGCUAAGAAGCUGAAGAAACCCAUUGUUGAAAUGUUCGAGGCGGAGGGUUCACCGUACUAUAGUACGGCUCGCUUGUGGGACGAUGGCAUCAUUGAUCCAGCCAACACACGUCAAGUUUUGGGACUAAGUCUAAAGGCUUCGCUGAACAAUGCUGUAGAAGAGACUAAAUUUGGUGUUUUCCGCAUGUAAAGAACACCAAAAUUGAGUGACGCAGGAGACUAAGAGCAUUUACACAACGACAUUUAAUGUCUGAAACUGUUGCAUUUAUUAGACUUAAGGUAUAUAAAAUUGUUAUAAACAAUAAAUGGUAAAUGUUGAUUUUGAA